UUUAGUUAUUGGAUUUUCAGCCCGGAAUGAAUCCGAAUGCAGAUAAUGGACACAGGGCUAGGAAGCCUCCCGAGUUCGAGGAAGAUUUUGUAGAGAAAGAUCCUACAGCCCUCUAUAUUCGGUACAAUGAAAUCUUGGGCAGGGGUGCUUUCAAGACUGUUUAUAGGGGAUUCGACGAAGUUAAUGGGAUAGAAGUCGCUUGGAACCAAAUUAGGAUUGAUGAUCUCCUCCAGUCAGCAGAAGAUCUAUCAAAAUUAUAUUCUGAAGUUCAUCUUUUGAAGUCUUUGAAGCAUGAAAAUAUCAUUAAGUUCUAUAAUUCGUGGAUUGAUGACCAGAAGAAAACUGUUAACAUGAUCACUGAGCUCUUCACCUCUGGAAAUUUGAGGCAAUACCGGGAGAAGCAUAGAUAUGUUGACAUGAAGGCUAUAAAGAAUUGGGCUAGACAGAUUCUUCGAGGCUUGGCAUAUCUACAUGGUCACAAGCCACCUAUUAUUCACAGAGACUUGAAAUGUGACAACAUCUUUGUGAAUGGAAACCAAGGAGAGGCGAAAAUAGGGGAGCUUGGCCUGGCAAUUAUCUUGAAGCAGUCGACAGCUCACAGUGUCAUUGGCACUCCCGAGUUUAUGGCUCCGGAGUUAUAUGAAGAGGAGUACAAUGAACUUGUUGACAUUUAUUCUUUUGGGAUGUGCAUAUUAGAGAUGGUUGCUUUAGAGUAUCCAUAUAUUGAGUGCAAAAGUCCUGCUCAGAUCUUCAAGAAGGUUACUUGUGGCAUCAAGCCUGCUUCGCUUAGUAAAGUGAAGGACUCUCAAGUUAAGGAGUUUAUUGAAAAAUGCAUUGUUUCAGCCUCUCAGAGAUUGUCUGCAGAGGAGCUUCUCAAAGAUCCAUUUCUCCAAGUCGAUGAGAGUCCAAGGGAACCAAUCCCUGAUCUUCUGGAUUUAUCUUGUCAAGCCCCAAAAGCUGUGGAUUUGUCUAAGUCCGAUCCUCUCUCUACGGACAUGGAUGUUGAAUACAAACAGAUUUCCGGGAGUGUGAACACAGAAAGUAACUCUGGAAGUCCACCACAUAGUCCCGUUAUAGAAUUUCAGAGGACACUUGAGAACAACGAAUUUAGGUUAAAAGGGACGAAAAAUGAUGAUACCUCAAUGUCAUUGACAUUGCGUAUAGCUGAUUCAGAUGGUCGAGCAAAGAAUAUACUUUUUCUCUUUUACCUUGAUUCAGAUACUGCACUCUCUGUUGCCUCAGAGAUGGGUGAACAAUUAGAGUUGGCCAAUCAUGAUGUUGUCUUCAUAGCUGAGCUUAUUGAUUACUUGAUAAUGAGACUUAUGCCUGAGUGGAAGACCUCUUCUGAUUAUUCCUCGUGUGGAGGAGCAAGUCUGAAUGGUGAGUCUCCGAUACCUGGGGAUGGACGAACUGUAACAACAUGCGCAUGGGAUUCUAUUCCAGAUAAUGUUCCCUCUGGACGGAGUACUGAUCAAAAGGCUUUGUGUGACAAUGUUGAUAAUGCCGAUUUUCAGACUUAUUUUUCUUCUGCUCUUGGUUUGACUAACUUGGAAGAUCAACAGUCGCUAGGAUCUGCUGCUUCCGAGACAGCUGUGGAAAGCACGUCUUUGCAAAGCUUACGAGGAGGUACAUAUUUCGAGCAGAGCAGUAACAAUGUUGAAGUGGACAUAGUGAUCAGUAAAUUCAGAGAGAACACAAGAAAAAGAUGCUGAUGUUGAGCUUAAGCCAGAAGUUGAUGCAAUCGAGGUACAGUAUCGGCAAUGGUUCGAGAAGCUUUCUAGGAUGAAAUGGCAAGAAUUAGAAGCCACCCGAAAGAGAUGGUCUGAUAAGAAAAGAUUGGCCGCUCAUUGAUUAUGUUAAUCUUCUCGAAUGAAAGCCUGUUCCUCGCAAAACCCAUUUUCAAUGUUAUGGAAAUCUGAAAUACUUGUUUUUCUUUGUAAUUAUAGUUUUUUGACUUUCGACUUCUCCUAGAAUUAUUUUCUGCAAUUUCCUUUGGUUAUACUCCUCUGAUCCUAUUUAUAAGACAGAGAGAGAAUGUUUUUUUUUAAUCAUAU